GCCAUAUCUAAUUUAUGGGCUAGCUCUCUUGUGAAAUCCUCAAACUCUUUCUUAAAUGGGGGAUCCAAAGAAACAAGAAAUUUUGAAAACCCAGAGAUUCACAUUGCGAGUUAAAUCAAGAUUCACUAAAAGAAAAUUUGAAAGACGGGACGGACUUGAAGUGAACUCAAGCAUAGCUUUGAGACAGUUGUGUGGAUUUUCUGAUGGGGAGGUGAUGAGAUCAGAUUGUAAGCCAUGUUCCAGAUUGAUGAGACAUACUGCUGGAAUCUUCUCAUUUGGAGGAGCAUUAGGCUUUUGGGUGUUGUGUCGUUUGCACUACGGUCCAAGAGUCAAUGUUCCCCGAAGUCUGAGAUGGGCAGCGUGUGGAGCAGUCUCUAUGAGUUGUACCACUGCAUUUCUGGUUCGCCUAUUUAGCCCAGAAUGUGAACCCCAAAACAUAUCUGCUUAUGACAAGAAAGGAUAAUGCCGUUUCUUAACAUAUCUGCGUAUGGUUCGCAAGUUUUGAUGAUGGAUUAUUGUAUGAUGGCUGUUGGGAUGUCAUGCUUGCACAGGGUAUCCUAAAGCGCCCUGCUUGAUUGAUUUUUUGUGAUUAGACACUUUUAGUCAUUGCAUCUUUUAAAAAAAUAAAUGAAGGGUGGGAAUUGACCCGUGACCCGCCCGCCCUGACCCGACUUGAAAACCGUCUGAGUACCCAGACCAGAAUCGGUACUGGACCAAAUUUCAUAUGAAAAGAUAAAAAUGUCCUUCCAUUAACAAUUUUAUUAACCUUUAACAUAUUCUUGAUUGAGGGCAUUUUGGUCUUUUCAUAUGGGGUUGGGGGUGCAAAAACAAGGAGUUUUAAAAACGGCGUGCAAAGUCCAAUUUAGAUAAUAAUAAUAAUAUGGGGUGCAAACUCAAAUUACCCCAAAAAUUAAGGCCUCAAUUGUAAUAUAUCCGAG